AUUCCUGCAGUCACUAAAGCUUUAAGUCAAGAUUUAGUGUGUGUAGAAAUCUAUUAUAUCUGGUCCUUAUGGCUAUUUUGUUUAUCUUACAGUUUAUGAUAUUGGUUUUGUCUCCCCGGGGUUUUCUCAGCAAUUCCUGUAGAAAACCUCUGGGCACUUAAAUAAUGUAGCAUGUAUGGUAAUGAUCCUGUACUGUUUGUAUAUUUGGCUCAGGGAACCUCGAAGAGAUAUCCCACCUGGCACUUGGUCCCUGCUGGGCUGAGGUGACCAAUAGAUGGCAUCACACAACAUUGGUUGUAGCGAUCCUUGCAAGUCUUUGAGUUAUCCCCCCCCCCCCCAUAUCCAAAUGUUUUCUGCGGGUGCCUUGGCUUUCUCCUACCUUUAAAGCUUGAAUUGACAAAAUCUCCCAGAAUAAGGUACUCCUGAAAACAGUCUUGAGAUCAGAGAGGCCUCCCUGGAGAUGGAAUGACAGGAGGGGGGAUGAUUGUAUGGGGCUCAGCGCCCGCGAGGACCUCCUGGGCGUGAGAGUCAUAAGAGGUGUGCGUGAGAGUGGUGUGCGAGAGUCGUGAGUGAAUGAGCGUUGUGAGAGUCAUGAGUGAGAGUUGUGAGUGCGAGUCGUGAGAGUCGUGUGUCCUUGCAGCAUGGACGAGGCGGGGAGUGUGCUGAGCGAGACACAGAGCACGAGAAACGUGGAGACCUCGAGGCGCGACGCCCUGGAGCAGCAGUGCGCGGGGCACACACGGCGCAAGGUCCUGGCGCAGAGGGCGCACUCGGCACGCGCCAGCGAGGAGCGGCUGUGCCAGGUGGAGGCGGAGAGGGACGCUCUGGGCGCUCGGCUCCGGGAGGCCGAGUUGCAGACUGAGGCCCUGAGCUGCUCGCUGCUGCAGCAGGAGGAGGAGAGGCGCUUCCAGAGCACCAUGGUGGAGGAGGAGAGGCAAGGGAACCGCGCUCGCGAGCAGCAGCUGGAGAUGAGAGUGCAGGCCCUGCGGGACCUGCUGUUGGUGCAGGCCGUGGAGGUGGAGGCUGCCCGUGAGAGUCUCGCCCACUCCCCGCUCAGGAUCCUUGUGCCGGAGUUUGGGCUGAGCGUACCUACACGCGCCACCUCCGCCUCGGUGAGCUACUCCCGCUUCCGCCUCACGAGGGAGCACCCCUGUGGCCCCCCGCUCCAGGCCAGUGUCUCCACGGGAGGGCCCCGGACAGGGUGCCCCCGCGACGCUGCCAGCACCCCCGGGUGGCCCAGCAAACGUGCGGCCACCAGGAGGCCCCUCACCAUGCCUGCCCUGGCCGAGGCCCCGGCGGCCCCAUGGGGCAGCCUCCUCCGCCGGGAUGGUGACGCGACGCGAGGGGAGGGUGGCGGCGUGGAGAGCGGUGCUUCUGCUCCUGCUCACCCCAACUCCAAAUUCCCGUGGAGCUGGCUGCAGGUCGUGGAGGUCGGUCCGAGCGGCCGCUUCGUGCAGGUGCUCAACUCAAGCGCGCGGCACAGCGAGGAGCUGGGCGGGUGCCUCCUGCAGCAGCUCCAAACAGGGGGGGGAGGCGGCUGCCAGCCGCGAGGGACCCCCAUCGCCAUCUAUCGCUUCCCCCAUGAGCUGCGCCUGCCGCCCGGCGUGGCCAUCACGGUGUGGGCAGGGGCCAGCGGGGUCAGUGCCUGCCCCCCCACGGAUUUGUUGUGGGCAGAAUGGCCGCGGUUUAAGACGGGCUCGCACAUCGCCACUGCGCUCUGCCGACCAAAUGGACAGCUCAUCACGUGGCACUGUGCCCAGCGUCGCCCAGCCAGCUGUGUGGAGGGCACGAGCCCAAGAGGACUGGUUCCUUCUACACAGGAGGCUCCUGCCGCACAGAUUCUCGGUGUGGAUGCCAUUGGCAGCGAGAAGCAGAGAGACGAACCACGCUCCACGGAGGCGGCUCGGAGGGCUGCCCCAAGAUCUGCGAGGGCGACCACAGCAACUAUGGCUGUUCCUCCACUUCGGGCACAAACGCCGCAGGGCCGACACUAGCCACAGACUCCCACUCCUCACUUUAGCAUCCAGUGCCCACACACGUUGUAAUGCACAAAUGUGAUUUUCCUAGAAUAUUUAAGCUGGCGAUUCUGAAAAUUGGGGUAUUGUUUUUGCAAGGCUUUUUGGGACAGCACAGCACAACUGUCCUUUAAUGCUAUUUUGUUUAACCAGGUGAACACUCAAAAUACCAGGAUAGUCUAAUUCGGAAGUGACAAAAUCAAAGCAAACAAAAUGAAGUACAGCAAGGAAGAAAACAAUUCACAAACACAUCUUUGCCAAAUAGUAAACUCUCUACAGCGCAAGUCCACUCAAUAAUAUUAACCCGAGACUAAUCAUUGUACAGUGAGGUUUAAACUUGCUUAUGCAUUUGUUGACGGGGUAAAAUGGUAUAUCCACAAGCAAGAGAACUAUAUGCUUGACAACCGCAUUUGCGUACAAAUCGAAAUAUAAAGCAAGCAUUGCAAGACUGUUAUCUCACUUUAAUUCAUUUUAUAAAAAACUGACAAACUCUAGUGACUGCAUACUCUUGAAGGAGUAUGUUGCGACCAAUAGAAUAAGGGGUAAGCACGAGCAUUUGGGAUAAUGAACAGGUAAUGCAAAUUAGGGGUGGAGGUGCAUGGGAAUUAGAAGUGCGCACAGAAUGAAGAAAGGUGAUUUCUGAAUGAACUGCCUCUCCUGGACAUCUAUGAAAAAGAGCUUUAGAGCUCAUAGUAUUCCUCCAGUAUAAAUAUUCUGAUUGUGGGAUGGCAUAGGUAGAAGCAUGGAGGUAUUUUGUGACUCCAGAAAAAGGUGGCAGGUAGGGAUGAACAAUAGGGGCAGGUAAUUGGGAGGGAGAUAUGAACUACCUUGCCUGGUAUACAGGAGAUCGUGGGUUCGAUCCAGACCCUGACGCCUGUAUAUUCGCACCUCGGAUUAGCACAAUUGGCUACGUACGGUGCGGAAGAAGUUCAACAUAAGGUACAGUUGGGGAGGCUCUGUGUUUUUGAAUGGGAAUGCGUAGAGUCAAGCUGCCUGUGGAAGGCCAGCGAGGGCAGCGUUUUGCUGGCAGACGUGAAGUCGUAGCACGCACACAUCAUGCACACAUCAUGCACAUGGGACCCAUUGUACUAUGUUCUUAUUUGUGACAAGUUGGAAUGCACCUUUGAUAAUAAAAGUAACGUAGAGAUUUAUUCUGCUGGUCAGUGUUUACUGCACUUAAGUAAAAUUACCCUUGUUUGAUCUUGUGUUCAACACUGGCGCGGUCACAAACAUCGCCUUGCUAGUUCAGUCAGGUAGUUCCACCUCAUUACGGACCGGACGAUCAUAGUCACCACCACAGAACAUGCUGGUGAAAAAUAAAACCAACAAUCUCACUAAAUA